UUCCAGCUGUAAACAGGGGAGUGGGGGGAGGAGGUCAUCAGGGAGGAGAUUUCUUUGAAAUGCCUUUUCAACUGAAGACUCCUUUGCAGUAAGAUGUGCAGUAUGAGCUCAGGUUAACUUGAAAGGUGGGAAGAUGACUGCAUUAAUAGGCAGUGGAAGUGGGCUCUUUGGGCCCCAGUGGCCCUUUGAUGACAUCCCAAAGGCCGUAACCAGAAAGGUCAAAGGAGGAAAUAUUGAUGUGCAUCCCUCAGAAAAAGCACUUAUUGUUCAAUAUGAAGUGGAAGCUACCAUUCUUGGAGAAAUGGGGGAUCCCAUGCUGGGAGAACGGAAGGAAUGUCAAAAAAUAAUUCGUCUGAAAAGUCUCAAUGCUAACACAGAUAUCACUUCCUUAGCUCGAAAAGUGGUUGAAGAAUGUAAACUCAUUCAUCCCUCAAAACUAAGUGAGGUGGAACAGCUGUUAUACUACUUACAGAACCGGCGUGAUGCCUUGUCAGGGAAAGAAAAAAAAGAAAAAUCUAGCAAGCCUAAAGAUCCACCUCCUUUUGAAGGAAUGGAGAUUGAUGAAGUGGCUAAUAUUAAUGAUAUGGAUGAGUACAUUGAAUUGUUGUAUGAAGAUAUUCCUGAUAAGGUGCGUGGCUCUGCCUUGAUUCUGCAGCUUGCUCGAAAUCCUGAUAACUUGGAAGAACUACUGCUCAAUGAAACUGCCCUUGGUGCAUUAGCCAGAGUAUUGAGAGAAGACUGGAAGCAAAGUGUAGAACUGGCUACUAACAUAAUAUAUAUCUUCUUCUGCUUUUCCAGUUUUUCUCAAUUUCAUGGGCUAAUCACUCAUUAUAAAAUUGGAGCUCUGUGUAUGAAUAUAAUUGAUCAUGAGCUGAAGAGACAUGAACUCUGGCAAGAGGAACUUUCUAAGAAGAAGAAAGCUGUUGAAGAAGACCCUGAAAACCAAACUAUGAAAAAAGAUUAUGAAAAAACCUAUAAGAAGUACCAAGGUUUGGUGGUAAAACAGGAGCAGCUCUUACGAGUUGCUCUUUAUUUGCUUUUGAACCUUGCUGAGGAUACUCGGACUGAGCUGAAAAUGAGGAACAAGAACAUAGUUCAUAUGCUAGUGAAGGCACUUGAUCGAGAUAAUUUUGAACUCCUAAUUCUGGUGGUGUCUUUCCUAAAGAAGCUUAGCAUUUUUAUGGAAAAUAAAAAUGACAUGGUGGAAAUGGACAUAGUCGAAAAAUUGGUGAAAAUGGUACCUUGUGAACAUGAAGAUCUCUUAAAUAUCACCCUAAGACUUUUGUUAAAUCUGUCCUUUGAUACAGGACUGAGAAACAAGAUGGUACAAGUUGGACUACUUCCCAAACUUACUGCACUUUUAGGAAAUGAAAAUUACAAGCAAAUAGCAAUGUGUGUCCUCUACCACAUAAGCAUGGAUGACCGAUUCAAAUCAAUGUUUGCAUAUACUGAUUGUAUACCACAGCUAAUGAAGAUGCUCUUUGAGUGCUCUGAUGAACGAAUUGACCUAGAGCUUAUCUCCUUCUGCAUCAACCUUGCUGCCAACAAGAGGAAUGUACAGCUAAUUUGUGAAGGAAAUGGACUGAAGAUGCUUAUGAAGAGGGCUCUAAAAUUCAAGGAUCCACUGUUGAUGAAGAUGAUUAGGAACAUUUCUCAGCAUGAUGGACCAACUAAAAAUUUGUUUAUUGAUUAUGUUGGGGAUCUUGCAGCUCAGAUCUCUAAUGAUGAAGAAGAGGAAUUUGUGAUAGAAUGUUUGGGGACCCUAGCAAAUCUUACCAUCCCUGACUUGGAUUGGGAGCUGGUUCUCAAAGAGUACAAGUUGGCUCCAUAUCUCAAGGAUAAACUUAAACCAGGUGCUGCCGAAGAUGAUCUUGUUUUAGAAGUGGUUAUAAUGAUUGGAACUGUGUCUAUGGAUGAUUCUUGUGCUGCACUGCUAGCCAAAUCAGGGAUCAUUCCAGCACUUAUUGAAUUGCUGAAUGCUCAACAAGAAGAUGAUGAGUUUGUGUGUCAGAUAAUCUAUGUCUUCUACCAGAUGGUUUUCCACCAAGCUACUAGAGAUGUCAUCAUCAAGGAAACACAGGCUCCAGCUUAUCUUAUAGACCUAAUGCAUGACAAAAAUAAUGAGAUCCGCAAAGUCUGUGAUAAUACAUUAGAUAUCAUAGCGGAAUACGAUGAAGAGUGGGCUAAGAAAAUUCAGAGUGAGAAGUUCCGCUGGCAUAACUCUCAGUGGCUUGAAAUGGUAGAGAGUCGUCAGAUGGAUGAGAGUGAACAGUACUUAUAUGGAGAUGAUCGAAUUGAACCAUAUAUCCAUGAAGCAGAUAUCCUUGAAAGACCUGACCUGUUCUACAGUUCAGAUGGAUUGAUUGCUCCUGAAGGUGCCAUGAGUCCGGAUUUCUUCAAUGAUUAUCACCUUCAGAAUGGAGACUUAGUGGGGCAACAUUCCUUUCCUGGAAGUCUUGGAGUUGAUGGUUUUGGUCAGCCAGUUGGCAUUCUUGGACGCCCUGCCACAGCUUACGGAUUCCGCCCGGAUGAACCUUACUACUACGGCUAUGGAUCUCGCUAAAAGUCAUCCCUGCCCCCGAUUCCUUUUUGAUGUGUCCUUCCAACUUGCUAGAAAACUGUGUUUAGCUCCUUUGGACCUUGGCCUGGUAAUGCAUGUUGAUACCACCGCAGGUCUGUGUGAUGUUUCCUUUUUUAUAUGUUGUUAGCUGAUGGUUAAACCCAAGUCUUUCUUCUUGUGUUAAUGUUGCUGGUGGUGAUAUAGUUCACACAUCAGGCUACAUUUUGAGGUUGUACAAUAUUUGCCAUGGGACUUGAAAGUGAAUGUUAAAAAGCUACUGGACUGGAAAGUAAACACUACAUUAUGUAUAUUAAGCAAUUAAUUUAAUUUCUAUUAAAAACAAGAAGCUUACAGUGCUGAUAAACAAGCCAAAGUCACGUGGUGUUUGUAUUUAAUGCAUUUCAUUUGUAAUUACACACUUGUGUAAUUUAUGUAUGAUUUUUUUCUUUCCUUUUCUUCCCUGGUUAUAUCUCAAGCAUAACUUUCAGAUUCAUAAAAAGAAGUGGUCACCUUUCAUACCAUUCAUGGUCACAGGCCACUUUCCCAAAGCUAGCUACUACACUGUCAGGAAGUAAUGAGACAAAUGUGCAGUUUUCAAGCUCUUUUCUCUUGGUUUUUGUAAAUUAGAACAUGCUGCCCUUCUCUGAGUUUAUUAAAUAUAACUAGAUGCUUUUAAGCAGACAAAGAAGUCAUUUGUAUUCACUUAUCCCAGCUUCUUUCUUGUUAAGUGGCAAUCAGUUUGUUGGAAAUGUUUCUUGAUUUCAAAUUCUCUUCAUUUCCUUUAGUUCAAAAGGCCCAGUCUAUGUAGCUUAGACUUAGUGUGCCCCCAUCCAGCCUAUUUCAUCUAGCUUAUUUAGCACUUGAUGAUAAGACCUACUGAAUUGAAGUUAGGGAAUAUCAUCUUUAAUUUAUUAUAACUUUUCUUUACUGGCUUCUCUUUCAAGCUGGGAAUCUCAAAUUUAGAUGUGGAAGUCUGUACCCUGAGUCAGGGCAGAACUGAACCAAUAGUGGACAGCAGGCACUGAAAGGUUUGCAAAGUGCUUUCUACUCAAGGUCUUACUUGAGCCUCACUACAACCCUAGAAGGUAGGCCUUACAGGUGUCAUUACCCCCAUUGUAUAGAUGAGGAAACUGAAGCUCAGAGAAGUGACUUAUCCAUAACUAAUAGGAUCAGAACCCAGAUCUCCCAUCUCCAAGUCCAGCUCCAAACAGAUCAAAUGUAAAAUAAAUAAAUAUGUAUUCAUCA